AUUGGAAUGACUUACUAAGAAUAUCUUCUCUAACUCUGGAAAGAGGAGUUGCUCAAGAAUUGAGAAUUCAUGCUUCAAUAACUCCACCAGUUCAAGCGCCAUACUUGUUGAAAUGUGUGCCUGACCGGGUCACUGAUGAUUCAGGGGCCAUGAUAUCGGACGUUAUUCUCAGAAUGAAUAGGUAUCGGCCUCAAGAAGGGCGUUGGUUGCCUCGGACUGUUCUUGAUCAUGCAGGGAGAGUGUUUUGUCAUUAGAAUAAGAGUUGGAGAAGGGUUUUGGAGAAGAGGAGGUGAAGCUCCCUCAGCUGUGAAAUGGGAGGAUAGGAUAAUAGAGAUACGAGAAGGAUCAUGGUCUUAUGUUGCUGAUACCAUUGGAAAAGCCCCUGAGAAAAUGGUUGGAACGGCAACACCAAAAGAACCACCAGAACAAUGGAAAGCUGCAUGGAAAUUUUCAACAGGAGAUGAACUGAUGAUAGGGUGGGAAUCAUGUACAUCUACAUCUGGCUUGAGUUUCUGUCUGAAAAAUCAAAUGUCUCCAGAACCAUCGUCGCAGGUGAGGCUAUUGAAAGGGCGAAAAAUGCAGUACCAAGUAAAGAACAUUAAGUCAGAAAGCGAAGAUGAAGAAAGCCGACUCAAGGAUGAAGAAGAAGAGAAAGAGGAGGAUGAAGAUGAAGAGGGGUUUGUAACACUGGUUAGAUUCACAGAGGAGAACCCAACUGGAAGAGCAACAGCUCUUUUAAAUUGGAAGCUAUUGGUAGUUGAAUUGUUGCCUGAAGAGGAUGCAGUAUUGGUCCUUCUUCUAUGCUUGUCAAUACUCAGAAGUGUAUCAGAAAUGAAGAAGGAAGAUUUGGGAUGCUUGUUAAUUAGGAGAAGAUUAAAGGAAGCAAACUUUGGAGCUAGAGAUUGGGGUUCUGUAAUACUCCAUCCUUAUUCAUGUUCCUCAUCUAUCACUUCACCUUAUAUUCAACCAUGGUAUUGGAAUAAUGCCAAGGCAGUGAUGGCAUCAGAUAGAGCAGAUCACAUAACAAGGCAACCAGCUUCAAAUUACUCACCCGUAGAAGGCGGUGAUAAGUUGUACAAGCGAGUGAUUAUAAGUUAA